UAUGUUUUCCAGGCGUCUAUUGUGUGAUAUCGAGCCCUAACAUGGCUGUGUGAAUGACUGAUAUUGUGAACAACUGGUGGUGUGGGCCAAUAUAACAGACCAUUUUAAAAGUGUGUUUAGGGUACGCAAAGUGACACUUAUAUGUACGCUGGACACACUGAUAUGCAGCGAAUGAAAGGACAAGGAACAUCAGUGCCAAAUGGGCCCAAAGACCAGAAUUACUCCUCAUUCCAGAGUUACACAAGUCCCAUGACAUCUUCGAUGGCUGCGGCUGCUGCUGCUUCUGACCCAUAUAUGUCCUCUUACUAUAUGACCUCCACCCCAUACCAGGCAUUCGGUGUUGGUGACGGAACUUGGAGUAAUGGGGGCGAUCACAUGCAGACUUUCCUUAGUGGAUAUGGCGGCCAAAUGGGCUAUGACUCUCACAGCGCCAUUGAUGGUAUGUUCAGCAGUGGCAGUUUUGGUGGCUUCAACCCUCCAGGAUUUAACUACAGUUUUCAUGGAAAUGGUGAUUACAACGCUUGGGGUGGCUCUGAUGUACGUGGUGGCAGCAAACAGUACGAUGAUUACUAUCAGCGGGACAAUGUUUACACCGAUGAUCGUGUCAAGGUGUUAGACCAAGGUGUGCAAGGCCUUACCUUAGCAGAUCCAAAAAGUGCUCAAGAUUUACCAAGGGAUGGGGGAGCUAGUGGUGCCAAAGGCACAACAACAAAUGGAAAUGGAGGUGGAGUCGAGGUUAAGCCCAGUGGUGGGAGCAGCCCAGGAGGUGAAACAUCAGUUGGACUUGGGCAACCAAAGAAAGGCAUAUCAUGGGCUAGUAUUGCUUCACAGCCAGCCAAACCUCAACCUAACCGACGUAGAGACAAAACCACAAUGUCCUCUAUUGUCCCAGGGCGUCACAUGGACAUUGGCACUUGGGAAGGAAAAAAUGGCAGUGGACCAAAGCCUGUGGCUCCUCCUCCAGUUCCUAGACCUGCUUGGGAGGCUCCGAGAGGUGGCUCACGUUCCACCACCUCCACUUCUUACUCCACACCCCCACCACCCCGCACACCACCACAGGGUCCCCCCACUCACCAAGUGCAACAACCAGGACAGCAGCAACAACAGUCUGGACCACAACAGCAGCAGUCCUCCCCACAGCAGAUGCAGGCAUCACCUCAGCAGCACCAACACCAGCAGCAUCCCCAACAGCCACCUCAGCAUCAUCAGCAGCACUUGCACCAACAGCAUCCUCACCAGCAGCAUCAACAUCAGCAGCAAAUGCCAUCGUCACCCCAGCAGCAGCAACAGCAACAGCAGCAGCAGCAGCAGCAGCAACAGCAGCAACCUCCACCUCCCUUGCUGCAGACUGGUGGGAUGCACCAUGGUCAGAUGGAUUUGCCACCAUCUCCUCAGGGGGGUCCCCAAAUGUCUGUGGCCCAGCGCGCACCCUUGCCACACGUUCCAGGACAGAUCCCAGCUGAGCUGCAGCCGGAUGAUCCAAUCCUGGAAGGACUUCGAAUGCGCAAUGACUAUAACCCUAGUGACUUUGAUCUUAAUCCAAAGAAUGCUAGAUUCUUUGUUAUUAAAUCUUACUCAGAGGAUGAUAUUCAUCGAUCCAUAAAGUAUGAGAUUUGGUGUUCCACGGAGCAUGGAAACAAGCGGUUGGAUGCUGCUUAUCGUGAAAGGGAGGGUAAAGGUCCAGUGUAUCUCUUUUUCUCUGUUAAUGGAUCUGGACAUUUUUGUGGAUUAGCACAGAUGAUAUCACCAGUGGACUACAACAGCUCAUCAUCUGUGUGGGCUCAAGAUAAGUGGAAGGGACAGUUUCAUGUAAGGUGGAUUUAUGUGAAAGAUGUGCCUAACAAUCAGCUUCGGCACAUUAGGUUGGAAAACAACGAGAACAAACCAGUCACAAACUCGCGUGACACUCAGGAAGUCCCAUAUGAAAAGGGUAAAAUGGUGCUAAAAAUAAUAAACCAGUUUCAGCACUCGACCUCUAUUUUUGAUGAUUUCUCUCAUUAUGAGAAACGACAAGAAGAAACUGAGACCCGCAGGAAUCCAGGCCCCCCUUACAAAGAAAUGGACCGAGACGAUCGUCGGAAUGACCGCAUGGACCACCGAGAACAUCGAGACCACCCAAGGGACCACAGAGACCACCGAGAUAGUCGCGAUCACCGGGACAGUCGUGAUCACCGAGACAGUCGCGAUCACCGUGACCAUCGUGACCACCGGGAUCAUCACCGCGGUGGGCUGGGUGGUGGUCGGGGCCGGGGUGGACACUACCAUCACCAUAGAGGUGGACGCAAUUAAUUGCGGAUGAGAGUUGAAAGCCACUUUGUGUAUUUACUAUCAAGGGUAAACACCAGGGACACGAUCUUACUGUGGCUUUUAUUUUUUGUUUUAUUUAUUUUUUAUUUUUCUUGAAAACUUGAAAGAACCAUGAGUUUCAAAUACUUGAUAUAGACCUGGCUUGUUUAAUAUUCCACAAAAUAAUUUUUGCUUCAGAAACUAAUUAAUUGGCUCAAAAAUAAGUAGAGAAAAUAAACAUUGCUGGGCAGCAUGGCGACGAAUAAUGACAGUGAGAGGUUUUAAAGCCAGUGAGUGUUAUUUGUUUAAUGAAACUGAAGAAUUGUGGUGUCCGGACCUUGAGGAGUAAAGAGAGCGUGAGCUCCCAAGAGAACUCCGGUGAAAAGAUAUUGCAAUUAAAAAAAAAAAAAGAAAUAUAAGACAUGUCCAGCUACAUAUACUGAUGCGCCGUACAAGUGAGUGUAGCAGUGCACUGAAACACUGUUUUCGUCCACUGUUCCUGUUUAGAACGGCACCCAUAGCACUGUGAGCACUUGGGCCCCCUGUUCAGCGGUAGUGACAUUGCCACACAUGGUGCAGUGUUGCAGCAGAUGUAUCAUCAUCACUUUCUUGAAGGAGAACAUUUUGGCAUCGAGAACUGCAAGGAAAUGCCACUGUCAUUGUUAUCUUUUUGUUUCUUUCACUGUUGUGGUUAGGGAAUGGAACACAUUAUUAAUAUAAAUAUAAAUACAUACAUUUAUAUAUAUAAAUGUGUAUACAGUGAUAUAUAUAUAUAUUUUUAUGUACCUUUGUAUAUGUGUAUAUAUUUACUAUAUAUAUAAAUACUUAUACAUAUUUAUGUAUAUGCAAAAUAUAUAUUUAACGCUCCCCUAGUGGAACAACCGUGGAUGACGGAUGGAGCCCACACGAGGGACCUGAAUCGCCAAGCAGAAGAGACUUUGGGGAUAACCCAACUACCCCCAAAGCAGUUAUAUUUAUGAACAUCAACUUUCGAGCUGUGAUUGUUAUGUUAUUGAAUAGGGAAGUGAACAGCUAUGGAAAAAUACCAGUGAUAAUGUGCAAAUGUUUCGUUUUUAAAUAAAUAAAAAUAUUGUUAAGUCAUGAGGACAGGCAUCGGCUGCAGAAAUGCUGGUAGAGACACGUGGUAUAGACCUAAUAGAGCAUCAGCUAGGGGUGUAAAAUAGAAAAAGCAUUGAUAAGAUGGAAAGUAGAAAAGGUGAUGAAAAGAAAAGAUUUGUGUACCUUGGUGUUUCAAUUCCUAGUGCCUGAGAGUAAGGAACCGUGUAGUUCAUACAGUGAUAUUUUAAACAAAACAAAAAAUAAACAAAAACAUUGAAAAUGAAAACCAAAACAUUAUUUGUCUCAACAGUGCCUCGAAUACCUGACAUAACUGUAGUUAUAGUGUUUCAAUUUAUAACCAUCAGACCAUUGAUAUUAGGGAACUUGAGGGUUCGUUGGAAUCUUGUUUAAUUAAAAGUAUUGUAACACUCCAAAACUUUUUCUUAUCAAAAGUAACAACAAAGAGAACUAACUCCAGUGACCAUAGCAUUGAGAAAGUGACGCAAAAAGGAAGUGAUGACAGAUGAAUGUUACUUAAAGGGAAACAAAUUUUCAAAUAAACUACACAUGGGUACAUGUCGUAGCUGGUAUUUUGCUUGGUGGUGCUGAUAAAGGUCACUUUGUGCUUGUUAGAGAGCUGCUUUAUAUCAAGACCACUCCAUCCCAUGUCCCACUACCCUUCUUCAUCCCUUGCAGUGUCUCUCGUCACAGAAUAUAUUUGGGAAUCUUGUCUCAGACCUCUGAGGACUCUAGUUGGCUGCCUCUUUGUUUGUCAGGGACAUGUCAGGGAUUUAGCUUUAAGAGGAAUUCAGCCACCAGAGAGACACUUCAUUACCUAUAUUGAUUUCUUGCACUUUCCCUUCCUCUCCUCCAACCUCGCUCACUCCCUGGAGACCAAGAAUCCCUUAUCUAUUUCGAGGUGAGAACAUAAGGUCAUUGCUUAGUUCAUGUCAUUGAUUAUUAUUGCUAGCAUUAUUUUUAUUAUGGUUAUUAUUGAUACAAUUAACAUUUUAGUUGUGGCACAUUGGGCUUCUGUAAUCUAGUGUUAAAAGAUGCACUGACAUGGUUUUGUGUUUCAGAAAGUAUUGAAGAGGAAGAGGAGUUGAUAUAAGAUGUAGAGUCAGUUGCAUGAAUUAUAAAGUUGUAUUUUCUAAUUUGAAAUUGUGUGUAAGGGUUAUCUGGACAGUGUGCAUGUUAGCGUAUGUGUAACAUAACAGAAGAAACAAAACACUGAUAUGGUAGUGUACAUAACAGGAAAGAGAGAAAACCACCACUUAUUAGAAACAGACAAAAUUGUAUUACAAACACAACAGACAAAAUUAGAUUAGGUACUGGUGUAAACUGAAAAUGACUGUAUACUCUAACUUUUAACCAAAACUUGAAGAAAACUAAAAAAAAAAAAAAUAAAGAAACCAAGAAGAAAAAUAUUACGAAGGGUUACUUGUGACUUGAUUGGAGAUAUAAGUUCACUUUUGCUAGGGCAUAACAACUUACCAAGCCGUGUGUAGUUAAGCUUAUCAAAGGUAGUUGGGUUAAAGUGUAAAUAAGGAUUGACUUGACAUGUGGCAAUUGGUACUGGGUGAAAUUUUUGAUGCAUGUAUUUCAAACAAAAGAUUGUAAAAAAAAAAAAAAAAAAUGACAAGAAAAUCAAAUUGUGAAUGUGAAUGAAAACUUGUCCAGUAUUCUGAAUUAUCAAAAUUCCAGUGCAAGAAAAAAAUACAAAUGUAUAGAAUUAGCAAUGAAAAUCUUGAAUAUUUAAGAGGAGAGAGAGCAGGAAUGAAAACAAGUAAUUCAAGGAGAUUUGGUCUGUUAUUAGAUAUGAUCAGCCUUCCCCAAACUUCAUGCAAAAACUAUUUAAAGAUGAUUAAGUUUUUAAGAGGUAAAGCCAGAAAUGUGAAGGUCCUUGUGUAUAAAAUGUUGUUCACUGGAUAAGGUCAGCUUCACAUUUUCCUUUACAAACAUUAUUUGAUCAUGGAAGCUGAAAUUCUCAAAAAAAAAGUACACUAGAUUAAAAUUUGGCCAUAGAGCUGAACCUUCCCCAUAUGUCAGUGGCAUGUCUAUUCUAAAGGAAUGAAAUGUACAAGCAGAAGUAUCACCCUAAUUUUCUUCUCAAUAUGUAAUUUUACUUAAUUUGAAAAGGGUAUUUGGAGAGAAACUGAUACCUGUACAGUUUAUAGCAACAUCUAGAAUAGAAGUAUGCCAUAGGUAUUAUACAAAGAUCCUACUCUUUGACCUUGCCUUGACUAUCAAGUACGACGAAGGACACAAUUGAAAUAUAGGGGAUAACUUUAUUUUCUUUUGCUUUCAUAUACUUAAAUCUGUACAAGCCAUGUGGACAAGAACAAAUUUUAGUGAAGUCAACAGAUAAUUUUACAUUAUCUUAAAUGUUUUAAAGGAUGAUAUAUCAAGUAUUCAACAUGAUAGAAUGGAUGUUACAGUGUAAAUAAAAAUGUUGAAAAAACUCUUUACAUAAAAAAACAGCAAGCAGAACUACAGGUUAGCCUUGUCUCAAGAUAUACAGUACAGGUAUUGAUAAUUCUAUGUUCCAAGUAGUAUACACAACACACAAAUACACUUAAAUGUUAAAAACCAUCCUGUAGCCCCUACUUGUUAAUUUGAAAAGUGCAAUUGAAAUGUGAGUGAUUAAUUAGGUUUUUAUCGUACAGGGUAUAUGUUUUUCUUGUCCCUUUAUUUCCUUCUUAACUGUUUAUCCUUGGGUUUGCAGUAGUUAGUAAUCAGGUGUGCCAUUCAUGUUUUGGAGAGUUUGGAUAAAAUUCAUUGUAAUGUGCUGGAGAACUUUUGGUACCAACUUGCUAUCAACACCCCCCUGAAAACUUGUGUAUCCCUCUGAAAGAUUGAUUCCUCUAUGAUAAAUGAAUGUUAUCAGGCAAGACACAGUGGAUGGGAACUGUUGUUAUUUUAAUUUUUCCCAGAUGAAUUCUUUCUUACCACUUUCCUUUUUGUUUCAUAUUUCCAGUUACAGAUUUAUUUCAUCUUCUCUUAUGAAUAUAUUGUAACCAUCACAGCACUUCUGCUCAAAGUAUGAAGAGUGUGUUGAAAGAUGCCUCAUCUCUCUCUCUCUCUCUCUCUCUCUCUCUCUCUCUCUCUCUCUCUCUCUCUCUCUCUCUCUCUCUCUCUCUCUCUCUCUCUCUCUCUCUCUCUCUCUCUCUCUCAUGGUUGCUAGGGAUGAACUUUUUCAUCUAGGAGACCCAGCUCCUGGGUGUUCUAUAAAACUAACUGGCUUUGAGUUUGAUGUUUUCAAACUAUUUUUUUUAAAUAAGUGAAUUCUAUUGAGAAUGGCAUAUUAUGUCUUAAGGGAUUGUCAGUGUAUUUCUGUUAACAUAGAUCGAUAUCUUAGACGUUGAUUUCGACUAUCUCUUAGUGCUUCACAUAUUAAUGUUAGAUUCUAUCUUUUUUUUUUAUUUAGAAUAUAAGUGAAAUUAAUAUUCAAGGUUAAUUUUUUUAUAUAUGUAUAUAUUUCUGUGUACGUAUGCAUGGAUGUAUGUAUAUAUGUACAAUGUAUAUACUGUGUAUGUAUAUAUGUAUAUAUAUACAUAUGUAUAUGUGUGCAAAUUUUCCCCCAUUGUAGUUUGAAAUCUUUCGCAGAGUAACACCAUAAUACCCCUUAUGAGAUCAAAUUAAACAACUCUGGCACGAAUAGUUCCCUGGCGUUGAGACCAGCGGUACGUUUAACAUCAAAAUAUCAAGUGUUAUUCCCAACAAAAAAACAAAAUUUCUAUUUUUGUCUCUGGUAAAAAUUCACUGAAUUUGCUGCUCGUUCCUGAUGUGGGCGUGUGUGCAGAUGCAUACUUGUUUGUUUUGAGCUCAUCUUUUCUUGCAAACUGUAAUACGUUUGGGUGUAAGAAUGUUUACAUUUCAGAGGUCCUUAAUCAAAUGAAUUAAGAUGGUAAAACUUCAUGUAGAAAUUCUAUUUAUUGCCACUGUAAUGUGUUUAGGUUUUAGGCGGGGGAAAUUAAAGACUAACAAGCAUUGCCAUUUGUCUGCCAUGUUGAAACUUAUUAAGAAGACUUCUAAAACUUUCUAUGUUAUGGAGAUAUAUUGCAGCAGAAGAGAAAUGAGAUAUUGUGUCCUUGUAAUGUUAAUGAGGCUAAGGAAAUUACUAAAACUGAGAGUGUUUUGAGUGUGUCUUGGUGAGCUAUGAAAGUACAGUACAGUAUAUUAUUUAUUGAACUGACUAUAGAGAAAGACUUCCUCAUUUAAUCAUAUAAACUGUAGCUUAGUUGUGGGAGUCCUUUUUUUGCUUGGGAUGAAUUGGUAUUUUAUCAGUAUAAAGAUGAGGAUGAUGAUUAUUUUUAUUAUUAUUACUGUAUUAAUGAUAUUGUUAUGAUUAUUAUUAUUAUCAUAAUUAUCAUUAUUAUUAUUAUAUGAGCUGUAUUCUGUAAUGUGUAUUACUUCUGUAACCUAUGUAUAUUUUUAUCUUAAAAGUGUCUGAUAAUGAGUUGAUAGAUUCAUAUUAUAGUUUAUGUAACUGA